ACUCAUCCCUACCGGAAGUAAACAAGUAAGAUGGCGGCGAAUCACAAAUCUUCAGAUUUUGAUCAAAAUUGUUAUACAGCACUUUUAGGGUUGGCUGAAAGUUAUAGAACUGUGUCGAAUAUAAGACAUUGUAUUCAUUGCCUAAAGGCUGUCUUCAAUCUUCACCCACCACCGUCUAUAGAAGCACGGACCCACCUACAACUUGGGAAUCUUUUGCUCUCUCACACUAAAAACAACGAUCUUGCAAGACAGCACUUAGAAAAAGCGUGGAGUAUUUCUUCAGGUCUUAACAACGAUGAUGUCAGAUUUGAAGCUGCAAGUGUUCUGGCUGCAAUGUACGAUAAACAGGGGCAGGCCCAGUUGGCUAAACCCAUACUUUGUAAAGCCAAAGACAUCUCACAACAGUCACCAUUCUGGCAUUGUAGACUACUGUUCCAGCUUGCACAAAUCCAUGCGUCAAAGAAGGAAUUCAGUGAGGCGUGUGCAUUGCUAGGUGCCGGAGCUGACUUUGCUUCAUCAGCAAGCUCGCAUUAUACAACACUUCUGUUUCUUCUCAGUAAGGGAAUGUUACUGCUGAUCAAUAAAGAUGCCAUGCAGGUGAACGAGACCCUGUCUAGGGCAGGUUCUAUGAUAGAACAGUGGACUGGACCCUCAGUUCAGAAAGAAUCACUCAAAGUUUUCUUCCUUGUACUUCAAGUGUGUCAUUACCUUACUGCAGGACAGGUGAAGAGUGUGAAACCAGCAUUGAAACAGCUUCAGCAGAGUAUUCAGACAAUAACCCAGCUUCAUACAGAUGAAGAUCCAGUUGGUAACAAUCAGAUUGACAUGUUUCAGUGGUUGCCAAAGGAACAUAUGUGUGUACUGGUUUAUCUGGUGACAGUCAUGCAUUCUAUGCAAGCUGGAUAUAUGGACAAGGCUCAGAAAUACACAGAUAAAGCACUCAUGCAGAUAGAAAAACUCAAAAUGCUAGAUGCCCAUCCACUUUUGUCAUCUUUCCAGAUUAUGCUUUUAGAACACAUUGUUAUGUGUCGGCUGAUCAUGGGCAACAAAACUACAGCCAUACAGGAGAUAUUUCAAGCUUGCCAUGUAUGUCAAUCACAGCCUAGACUGUUUACAACCCAUGGUUCACAGAUCCAUACACUGCUGGGUCUGUAUGCCAUGUCUGUGAACUGUAUGGAAGCAGCUGAAGCUCAGUUUCUCACCGCACUGAAGCAAUCAGAGAGCACAGAUCUGUCGCUGUUUAUCAACAUGAAUCUUGCCAUUGUUUUCUUACGCAUGGGGAGACAAGAUGACUUCCUAGGACUGCUCGAGAAAAUUGAUCCGGAAAAAAUGGAACAGUCCAAUUCUCACAGUCUGAAAGCUGCAGCAUAUUAUGUGCAGGGAUUACAGACUUUCUUCCAAGCUCGGUACAAUGAGGCAAAUGCGCUUGUCAUAUAUUCUGUCAUUGGUAACAGUAGGGAAUCUUUAAACAUGGUAACCCCAGCGAUGCAGCUUGCAGGAAAAAUACCAGAUGUUCAUGUGCAGCUGUGGGCAUCAUCACUACUUAAAGAUCUGUACCGACUGUCUGGAGACAUGGCUAAUGAGGAGGAAGGGUGUAGGUUACACACAAGUUUCUCUGCUUCACUCCUGAAAGAUCUGUUCCAGUCAACACAACUGUCAGAACAUGGUCUCAUACAGUGGACAGAAGGACCUUGUCCCUUUCAUUUGAACACAUCAUCAACCAGUGCCAUCAUCUGAAGACAUUAUUUUAUACUGUGGACAGCCAGUGCAAUAUAGUUUGAUACUAUCACACUUUACACAGUAGGAUGUUUUCAGCUGGACAGUCUUUCCUUGGAUAGAGGAUUGCCUGUUUAUUUACAAGUGAACAGCUGGACCCCUGAGCCAAUGAAUAAUUCUUUGAAGGCAGUUGAAGAAUAAUGAGCCUUUUUGUAAACACUAAAAUGAAUGGUUUUAAGUGUACAUACAUGGAAUAGCACAUCUAAAAGAAUCAUGUUCUUGUAGCUUGUUCUGAAGUCCAUUUCACAACCGAUGUUUGGCUGGAAUACAAAACGAAUUUCACAGCCUUCUUUUGACUGAAAUAAUUGGACAGAGUUACGGUAGAUGUUAUGGACUUGAAUGUUUUGUUCCAAAAUGGCACUACUUGAAACAUUGUAAAUUAACAAUUUUAAAGUGUUCCGGAUAUGGAUUUCAGCCUUUGGUGUAGAACAAAAACGUGUGUGUUUUAGCAUAAUAUUUGCUGAAUAUAAAUAAAUAUUUCAUAAUAAGAAACAGAAGUUUCUCUUAGCUUGGAAUCUUUGGCCAUCUUGGGUUGUCAGAAUUUGUUAGUUAACACGUUACCAAGUGUUCACAUACUGUGAAAUCAUUUAAUUUCAUGGGCAUGAAUUUUCAUGAUUUUGACCAUAACGGUUAAUUCGUGGAUUUCAUCUUUUGAAGAUAAAAUGAAUGCAAAUUUUAAUUUUUUCAUUAGGACUCAAUUUCAUGGAUUGAUGCAACCGCGAAAUUCACGAAAAUUAGUUCACCACGAAUAUUAAUAAUUUCGUAGAAUUAAAAGUAUUAUGGCAUAUAUAUUUAUAAUGAAUGAUUUGGGAAUGAAUGCAACCUCAUCUGGUGAUACUGUAACACUUUUAUGGGAAACAACGUUAUGUCAGAACAGGAUGUGUCCAUAUCUUGUCACAGUUUCAUAAAAAUGGAUCGUGACUUGACAGAGGCAAAGUGGCCAGACAUUCAAUGCAGUGAGUAAUUGUUGUUUUUUAUUACGAAUUACCAGAACUUCCUUUUAUGAAUGAUAUUUAGAAGAAUUAGGUGUGUACAAGCUGACACACUGGAUGAAUAUUUGAGCCGCACCAUGAGAAAACCAACAUAGUGGCUUUGCGACCAGCAUGGAUCCAGACCAGCCUGCGCAUCCGCGCAGUCUGGUCAGGAUCCAUGCUGUUCGCUAACAGUUUCUCAAAUUGCAAUAGGCUUUGAAAGCGAACAGCAUGGAUCCUGACCAGACUGCGCAAAUGCGCAGGCUGGUCUGGAUCCAUGCUGGUCGCAAACACACUAUGUUGGUUUUCUCAUGGCGCGGCUCAUUUGUGCAUUUUUUGCUUGUUGAGUAAAGCAGUUUGUCAUCAGUAAAAUAACUUAACCCUUACCCUGCUAAAUUUCUAUAAUGAACUUGUCUAUCUUUCAAUAUGGACGGUACCAUUAACUGUUAGGUGCUUAUCAAAAAAUAUUGACUGAAUGGCGAACAGUGCAGAUCUUGAUCAGACUACACAGAUCAUGAUCUACACUGGUCACAAAGGCAGAAUCAGUCGUGUCAAGCAUGGUAAGGGUUAAUUUCUGCCUAAGUCUGAAUAAAAAAAAUGUAAUCAUGUUUUAUAUUGUAUUGUGUAAUUGUAGUACAUGUGAUCUUGUAAUAAAGAGCAGAAGCUAU